GCAGUAGGCCUACAAUAUUUAACCUGGACUACAAGCUCGUGUUUAUUUUCUUCAAGUGAGGACGUAUCAUUCAUCAAGAUCUGUUGUUUCUGACAUGGCAGCUCAAAGCCAGCUCUUCCCUAGAAGUGUAAGAUGGCGAUUGCCCUGUAUAUUACGAUGUCAGGUGGGGUUUCUCAUUGUGCUUACUCUUAUUGGUGAUAGAGUGACUGGCCAGAUGCGCUAUUCUAUUCCAGAGGAGAUGAAAAAGGGCACCGUUAUUGGCAAUGUAGCACAAGACCUCGGUCUGGACCUGAAAAGGCUCCGUGCUGGCCGUGCCCGUAUCGUGAGCGGAGAAAACAUCCAGUACACCGAGCUCAGGACAGACAAAGGGAUUCUAGUCGUGAAUGAGAGAAUAGACCGAGAGCAGCUUUGUGGUGACGUGACACCAUGCAGCCUCAACUUCGAAAUCAUUUUAGAAAAUCCUAUCGAACUUCAUCGUGUCACUGUCGAAAUUUUGGAUAUAAACGAUAAUGCCCCUUUCUUUGCAAAUAAAGACAUCCAGUUUGAAAUGAGCGAAUCUGCUACAAUUGGUUCUAAAUUUCCUGUUGAAAGCGCAGUUGAUCCGGACGUCGCACUAAACGCCUUACAAAAUUACAUUAUAUCUCCGAAUAAGUAUUUUAUUCUCAAACAACAUGCAAAUCCAGACGGCAGUAAAUACGCCGAAUUAGUUCUCCAGAAGCCAAUAGACAGAGAGGAACACCCCAGUCUCCCUCUGAAAGUAAUAGCUGUCGACGGUGGAAACCCACAGAGAUCUGGUACGGUAAAUAUAAAUGUAUCUGUAUUAGAUGCAAACGACAAUGCCCCUGUAUUCAACCAGUCAGUUUACAGGGCCGUCGUCGUUGAAAAUGCUCCAAAAGGGACUUACAUCACAGCAGUUAAUGCUAGUGAUGCAGACAUUGGCACUAACGGGGAAAUAAUAUUCAGUUUUUCGAAAAUAAAAGGCAGUGCAGUCGAUGUUUUUAGUAUUGAUGAAAGCACAGGUGUCAUAUCAGUUGCUGGACUUAUAGACUUUGAAAAAGAGAAGAAAUAUGAGCUUAGGUUAGAAGCAAGGGAUCGAGGAGGUUUGACUGGGACAAGUAAAGUUAUUAUUGAUGUUAGUGACGUCAAUGACAAUGUUCCAGUAAUUAAUAUCAUGUCGUUUUCUAAUACUAUAUUAGAGGAUGCCCCUCUCGGCACAACAAUAGCUGUUAUCAAUGUCAAAGACGCUGAUUCAGAGAAAAAUGGACAGUUAAAAUGCACCAUAGACACAACGCUUCCAUUUAAAAUCCAAUCGUCAUUAACGAACUACUAUAAUUUGGUGGCGGAUCAGCAUUUUGAUAGAGAGAAGACUUCUGAAUACGAUAUUACAGUAAUAGCCACCGACUCGGGAUCUCCUCCUCUUUCGAGCUCCGUCACAUUGCAACUUAGAAUCUCUGACGUAAACGAUAACGUCCCGGUGUUCGACAAAAACUCAUAUUCUGCUUACGUCACAGAGAACAAUUCUCCCGGCAUGUCCAUCACCACUGUCAGCGCGCGGGACUCCGACUGGCAUCAAAACGCUAGAGUGUCCUAUUUCCUGGAGGACUCACAAAUCAGCGGCAAUCCAGUGUCUAGCUAUGUGUCCAUAAACUCUGAAACUGGGGUUUUACAUGCGGUGCGCUCGUUUGAUUAUGAACAAAUUAAAGAACUGCAGCUUACUCUGAAAGCGCAGGAUGGAGGCUCCCCUCCACUCAGUAGCAACGUGACUGUGAAAAUAAUGAUCCAGGACCAGAACGACAACCCCCCUCAGGUUCUGUACCCAGUCCAGACUGGUGGCUCUCUGGUGGCUGAAAUGGUGCCUCGUUCAGCAGAUGUGGGCUAUCUGGUCACUAAAGUGGUGGCUGUCGAUGUGGACUCUGGACAGAAUGCCUGGCUCUCCUAUAAACUGCAGAAAGCCACAGACAGGGCGCUGUUUGAAGUGGGCUUACAGAAUGGAGAAAUAAGAACUUUCCGCCAAGUGACUGAUAAAGAUGCUGUGAAACAAAGACUGACUGUUAUAGUGGAGGACAACGGGCAGCCCUCUCGUUCAGCUACAGUCAUUGUUAACGUGGCGGUGGCGGACAGCUUCCCCGAAGUGCUGUCGGAGUUCACUGACUUUACACACGACAAGGAGUACAAUGACAACCUGACUUUUUACUUAGUGCUGGCUUUGGCUGUAGUUUCCUUCCUCUUCAUCACGUGUUUAGUGGUUAUUAUAUCAGUGAAAAUCUACAGAUGGAGACAGUCUCGCGUCCUGUAUCACUCCAAUCUCCCUGUGAUUCCGUAUUAUCCACCACGUUACUCAGACACUUUGGGGACAGGGACUCUCCAGCACGUGUACAACUACGAGGUGUGCAGGACGACUGACUCCAGAAAGAGUGACUGUAAGUUCGGCAGAGCUGGUAGUCAGAACGUGCUGAUAAUGGACCCCAGUUCUACAGGGACGAUGCAGCGGAUACAGAGUGAAAAGAGCAUCCUGGAUGAACCAGACUCUCCUCUAGAGAGAGACAUCGAGACAGAAGCAAAGCACACUGUCUGGAAUUUAACGGAGAUACACAACAGCUAA